AGGCGGGAUCAAGUCGGACACAUGUACCGCGCAUGCGCCGCUCUCCUCCUGUGUUGGUCGCCAUGUCUCGAGUCCACGCGGCUUCUGGAGUCACGUUGGGGCUGAUUGACAGGUUGAUAGCAGACUAUGAGGAGGACGUGUCUGCUCUAAGAGAACAGGAGCGACCCACACCAGCAGAUGUCCUCCCUGAGGGCCUGGACCUGAACCAGGAGGACCCGGAGCCCCUCGGCAUGAAAGAGGACCCGGAGCCCCUCGGCAUAAAAGAGGACCCGGAGCCCCUCGGCAUAAAAGAGGACCCGGAGCCCCUCGGCAUAAAAGAGGACCCGGAGCCCCUCGGCAUAAAAGAGGACCCGGAGCCCCUCGGCAUAAAAGAGGAGCCGGAGCCCCUCGGCAUAAAAGAAGAGCCGGAGCCCCCCUACAUAAAAGAGGAGCUGGAGCCCCCCUACAUAAAAGAGGACCCGGAGCCCCCCUACAUAAAAGAGGAGCCAGAGCCCCUCCACAUAAAAGAGGACCUGGAGGAUCUCUGGACCCGUCUAGAGGAAGAGCAGCUUAAGGUGCUGGAGGAGUCCGAUAUCACCAAGUUCUCAUUCACUGUUGUUACUGUGAAGAGUGAAGAUGACAAACCUCAGACCUCACGGCUUCAUCAAAGCCAGACGGAGGACAACAGAGAGGCGGAGCCUCCAGCCGGCUUGUCAGCUACACCAAUAAAAAUAGAAUCUGAUGGAGAGGACUGUGGGGGAUCAGGACCAGCCAGGAACCUAAAUCCACAUCGGCAUUCACAUCCAAAUGCUGAUGAUGAUGAAAAGGCUUCAGAAUCUUCUGAGACUGAAGUCAGUUGUGAUGAUUGGCAAGAAGCUUUGUCAGAUUCUGGAGCUGAAAGUGAAGACAGGGACAAUGUCUGGAAGGAGACCAGGGCACCUGAGUCUGCUGCACAUGCCCUGAAAUAUAAGGAAGUCCUUGUAAGUCAUGUGGGAUGUAACACUGGCAACGAAUCAAAUGAAUCACCAUCAAAAGUGCUCAUGAGAGAGAAAACAAUCAAAUGUCAUGUUUGUGGGAAAAGAUUUACAGCACAGGGAAGUCUGAAGACACACCUAAGAUGCCACACAGGAGAGAAACCAUUUGGUUGUGAUGUUUGUGGGAAAAGAUUUACAGCACAGGGAAGUCUGAAGACACACAUGAGACUCCACACAGGAGAGAAACCAUUUGGUUGUGAUGUUUGUGGGAAAAGGUGUACACAUUCUGUGAGUCUUAAGAGACACAUGAGAGGCCACACAGGAGAGAGACCAUUUGGUUGUGAUGUUUGUGGGAAAAGUUUCAAUGACCAUGGAAAUCUGAAGACACACAUGAGAAUCCACACAGGAGAGAAACCAUUUGGCUGUGAUGUUUGUGGACAAAGAUUCAAUGACCCCGGAAAUCUGAAGACACACAUGAGAAUACACACAGGAGAGAAACCAUUUGGUUGUGAUGUUUGUGGGAAAAGAUUCAAUGACCCCGGAAAUCUGAAAACACACAUGAGAAUCCACACAGGUGAGAAACCAUUUGGUUGUGAUGUUUGUGGGGAAACAUUUACAGCACAGGGAAGUCUGAAGAACCACAUGAAAGUCCACACAGGAGAGAAACCAUUUGGUUGUGCUGUUUGUCGGAAAAGAUUCAAUCAACAGGGAAGUCUGAAGAACCACAUGAGAGUCCACACGGGAGAGAAACCAUUUGGGUGUGUUGUUUGUGGGAAAAGAUUCAAUCAACAGGGACAUCUGAAGACACACAUGAUAGGCCACACAGGAGAGAAACCAUUCAGUUGUGAUGUUUGUGGGAAAAGAGUUCCACGUCAGGAGAGUCUGAAGAAUCACAUGAGAAUCCACACAGGAGAGAAACCAUUUGGUUGUGAUGUUUGUGGGCAAAGAUUUACAGAACAAGGAAAUCUGAAGAAACACAUGGGAGUUCACACAGGAGAGAAACCAUUUGGUUGUGUUGUUUGUGGGAAAAGAUUUACAGCACAGGGAAGUCUGAAGAGACACAUGAGAGUCCACACAGGAGAGAAACCAUUUGGUUGUGAUGUUUGUGGGAAAAGAUUCAAUGAACAGGGAAGUCUGAAGAAACACAUGAGAGUCCACACAGGAGAGAAACCAUUUGGUUGUGAUGUUUGUGGGAAAAGAUUCAAUGAACAGAGAAGUCUGAAGAAACACAUAAGAGUCCACACAGGAUAGAAUGUGUUUCUUCCCGUCGUGAAUUAUGUAAGUUGUUCUCUUUCUCUUGUCUUCAUUAAAAAAAAAUAUGUUAAAUGUUUUUAAAUUCCUAUGUCAUUUGUUUGUAAAUGAGAUGGAAGGCAAAGUGUUUUCUAAACAUUUGAUGAAUCUUUAUUAAAAACACUGACAACA